AAAUCCUGGAAAAUGCAACUUUUAACAGAAUGGUUACCUUAAACGCCACAACAAUUGAUGGGUUGACACCUGGAAAUUAUUACACUUUCAUUGUAACUGCUGUUGUUGCAGAUGACAUAAGUGGAGAAAGUGCAAACGCAUCUACCUACACAAAACCUGAAAGAGUACAGAACCUGACCACAUACAACAUCAGUACCACAUCUGUAUCUUUAAGGUGGCAGCCACCAGUGGGAAAUUGCUGGUAUUAUCUGAUCCAGAUGCUGGAAAAUUCAAAUUUUAGCAAAAGGGUUACCAUAAAUGACACCACAAUUGAUAGUUUGACACCUGGAAAUUAUUAUACAUUCAUCAUAACUGCCCUUGUUGGAGACAGUGACAUAAAGGGAGAAAGUGCAAAAACAUCUACCUAUACAAGUAAGUAGCCCCACAGGGAAAGACAGAGAAACAUAGAGAUAUGCCCAUGUGUGUUACCUGUAAUCUCUAAAAUACUAUACUAUCUAAAAUUGACUCUCUAAACUGUCUUGUAUUUAUUGAGUAAUCAAACCCACAAUGCUUAUCUCAUAUACUUUUUAUUUAGUUCAGUGCUAACACAAAUCACUGAUUGGUUUUAGAACCUGGACAAGGGAA